AACGAGUACCGUAUUUGCCACAUUACUUGGAAGCAUAGGGUUAUGUUGGAGGGCACUUGGAGAUAAGAGGAAAGCUAUAAGCUAUCACGAGAAGGCACUGAAGAUGGAGAAAGCUAUGUACGGCGAAACAACGCCACAUCCCAAAAUUGCUAGAUCACUAAAUAACAUUGGAGCAUGUUGGCGUGACCUUGGUGAUCACAAGAAAGCUAUUAGUUAUUACGAACAGUCAUUGAAGAUGAAGAAAGCUAUCUAUGCUUUCAAUUAUUUUGAACAGUCACUGAAGAUGAGGAAAGCUAUCUACGGUGAAGCAACGCCACAUCCUGACAUUGCUUCAUCACUGAACAACAUUGGGUCAUGUUGGAAUGGAAUCGGUGACCAGAGGAAAGCUAUCAGUUUCUACGAACAGUCACUGAAGAUGAGGAAAGUUAUCUAUGGCGAAACAACGCCACAUCCCGACAUUGCUUCAUCACUAAACAACAUUGGAACAUGUUGGCGUGACCUUGGUGAUCAGAGGAAAGCUAUUUCUUAUCAUGAACAGUCACUGAAGAUGAGGAAAGUUAUCUAUGGUAAAACAACGCCACAUCCUGACAUUGCUGGAUCACUAAACAACAUUGGCAAUUGUUGGAGGUGCCUUGGUGAUCAGAGGAAAGCUCUCUCUUAUCAUGAACAGUCACUCAAGAUGAGGAAAGCUAUCUAUGGUGAAACAACGCCACAUCCCGACAUUGCUUCAUCUCUCAACAAUAUUGGGGCAUGUUGGAGUGGAAUCGGUUAUCAGAGGAAAGCUAUCAGUUAUUUUGAACAGUCAUUGGAUAUGAUGAAAGUUAUUUACGGGGGCAACACAUCACAUCCAGAUAUAGUAGGAACACUAAACAACAUCCGAGUAUGUAAAAAGGCCCGGCUCCGUGAAUAGCCGUUUGUUACCGCAAAUCCGAACUUAAGAUGAGUACUUCCAUGGUACUUCCCACUGUCUUAUUAAUAUAUAGUUUUGUUGCUCACAAAUUGUAUAAAAUAUAAUAUAUGGCAACUCCUUUUACUUCAAAUCAAAGCAAUUCAAGGAAACCAACGUACCAUAAUUUAUACAAAAGACUAUGUAGCAUGGCAAUGUAGA